GGGCAAUUGUCUAAAAUAGCACCUUUGAAGUUUUUAUCCCAAAAAUGACACCAAGGAAGAAAAGUCACAAAAAUAGCAUUUAUUAAAGGGUUAAAAUAUCCAUAAUACCCUUGUUUUAAAAUUAAUUAAACAAACAUAAAAAAAGAAAAAAAAAUCAGAAAUGCAUCUCUCUCUCACGCGACGUCGAUCUCGAUCUCUUCGACGGGAAGCGACGGCGGCGACGCUCUCCGAUUUCGAUCGCCGGAGGUAAUCCAGCGGUGGUGCAGGAGGAGAGACUUCAUCGGGAACUGCUUCCGUCAGCCCCGCGAAGGUGAUAAGGAGGUUCCUGAAACUGAGAUCUGUGGAGCUUAGGGGAAACCACACUUCGCAGACUUUAAUCUGGUGCCGGAGGGAUGGGGAGGGUACGUGUAUCCGUGGAUAGAGGCGAUGUCGACGUCGUACACAUGGCUGGAGGAGAUAAGGCUGAAGAGGAUGGUGACAAGUCUCGUGACCAGCCAGGACCACGGGAGUUUUCAAAUCAGUGCCUGAUAAAGAGAAACAAGAGGACAUCAACCUUCUACUUGUAUCUCACCCUCACUCCAUCAUUCACUGAUAAGGGGAAGUUUCUUUUGGCGGCAAGAAGGUUCAGGACCGGAGCUUACACUGAGUACAUUAUAUCACUUGACUUUUCACUAGUGGAUGGGGAAGUUUCUUCUGGCGGCAAAGCUCUCUACUUUUCACUCACAUCCCUACUAAUCUAUGUGUGUGCGUGUGUGUUUAUUCUCUAACAGAUUGUGAACCUUCACCACAUGUUGUCAAAGGCUGUGAUUAGGUCCAAUCCUAGUGUCUUAUGGUGCUACAAGGACAAAUUUGAUAUCAGCAGGUUCGCUUCUUGAUGCCAAAGUCUCAAGCCUUAGCUCUGGAGAGUGAAUUGAAAGUUUAUAACUUUGUCAUAUUGUUAAUAUGUCAUUCGUGUGAUUUUCUGGAUGGCUAUCCUAAAGUUUUUUCAGUAAUUCUAUAAAGAAAGCCUUUUCAGGAUGGGUUUCCAAAAAAAAUGAGUGUUUUAUUAUAUAAAUUUAUUUUCGAAAAAUCUGUUUUUGAAGAGAAUCAAAAAGCGUCUAAGGAAUGUUAGACAAUUCUUGUUCUGGAUGGCUAUCCUGAAUUGGAACUUAAUCUUCCAAAAAAAUAUUUAUAUAUAGUCAAAAUCUAUAAAAAAAUUCACUAGCU